UAUUCAGAUAUCAGCACAAAGAUAAAAUCUGCAGUAUUACAGCUCAUAUAUUAGAGGGCAGAAGUUCUGUGAUUUAUAGAUUUUAAAUAUAUUUUAUUGUUCUUGUAGUGAUCAACUUUUUUUUAGAAAUGUCAGAACGUUUUGAUAUUGAAAAAGUUGGACAAACUUUUCAAGAUUCGUUACACGGUGAAGAUGACAUUCAUUUGGGUGAAUACUUACAAGCUUACGAAGAAAUCAAUAAAUUCUUUCAAUUAAUGGGCAGCGUAUUUGGGUUUGUCAGUAGCGAUGUACGUUCUAAAAUUGACAUAUUGGAAGAGUUUCGGAGCAAUGAUGGCACUACAACGAACUUCAAAACUAUAAAAACUAUGAUAGAAUAUGAAAUUAAUACUGAUCUGCUAAAGGAUAAAAACUAUAUAUCAGGAAGUCGUACAUUAUUAAGGCUACACAGAGGGUUAGAAUUUGUCUAUGAAUUUUUAAAUCGUCUAUCUGAACUUGAAGAACAUGAUAAACUACAUAAUUGUUCAAAAGAGGUGUACAACGAUACACUCGGAAAGCAUCAUCCAUGGAUGAUACGUAAAGGUGCUGUAUUAGCUAUGUACGCAUUACCCACACAAGGAGAAUUGCUCAAACGUGUUUGCGUCAAUGUUCCUCGCGCAAAAGAAGUUCUACCUGACAUGCUUAAAAAUACCAAAACAGUUUACGAAAGAACAGAUAGUCUAUAUACACAUUUUGAUUUACAUGGUUUACCUUAAAUAUAAAAACGCAGCUUAUUAAAAUUCCAAAUUUCUGCCAAAAUUAGAAAUAUGUGAAUUAUUUAACUAAUUAAAUUCAUUCCAUUAUAUUCUUUAAAUGUAUGUAUCUAUCUUGUGUGCAAUGUGGUUUAUUAUUUAAAUGAAAUUAAUUAUAUGUAAAACUUCAAAUUGUUAUAGUAUUCAGUACUAAAUAAUUGUCUUUAAUGUUUUAUUAAAAAAAACUGUAUAUAUAUUUGCAAUGUUUUUUAACCAAUG